CAAAUUUGGUAAAUUAUUAUGUUUCUUUAUAAUUAUUAUAUUAAUUAUUUAAUUACAAAUCUAUUUUCUAUGUUCUAGCCAUGGAGUCCGUCCUCGAUGGACAUUCAAACAUCACAUCUGAGUCUCCCGUCAAUACCAGCCUCCACCUGCUGGGGGUGCCGUACCUGAAGAGAAUGGCGCACUUGGACGAGUCACUGUACCAGGAGUUCUACGUGCUGUGGAUCAUGAUGAUGGUGGUGAACACGCUCAUGUUUGUAGUCGGCGUGGUCCUGAACAGCCUGGCUUUGUACGUAUUCUGUCAUCGCAGCCGCUCUAGGACCACGCCGGCCAUUUACACCAUAAACUUAGCAGUGGCUGACCUGCUGGUGGCGCUGUCACUCCCGGCCCGUAUCGCGCUUUACCAUAGCGGUGGUGACUGCGUGGCUUGUUUGUACAUGCACACGUUCAGCUACUUCGUGAACAUGUACUGCAGUAUUUUGUUUCUCACGAGCAUCUGCGUGGAUCGCUAUAUGGCGGUGGUGCGUUCGGCGGGAAGCCGUUGGCGGAGCCCCAUGGUUGCGAAAAGCGUGAGCAUUUGCAUCUGGCUGUUCGCCAUCGUGGUCACUUACUCCCUUCAGACAUCUGCACUGGAGUUUAAUGGAGCAUCUUGCUGUCGUGCCACCGUGCUUUUCACCCUCACUGUUCUGGAGUUCGUCCUGCCACUGCUAGUAAUCGUAACGUUUACGAUCUGCGUCGCCUGUGCGCUCGCAGACGGUCGGCUCAUGCCACAGAGCUUGGGUCGGCGUGCGCGUGCCGUUCGGCUUCUUGUGGCUGUGCUGCUGGUGUUCACCGUGUGCUUCACGCCAUAUCACGUGCGCGAGGCCGUGGUGUAUUUCCAGCUAGGAGGCAGCAGAGAGCAGCAUGUGGUGGCGUAUCAUGUGACCAUCACGCUCAGCAGUUUGAACAGCUGUCUAGAUCCUGUGGUUUACUGCUUCGUUCCUGAUAGUUUCCGUUCUGCAUUGCGUAGAGAACAGAAGAAGAGAUUUGGAGAGCAUCAGAUGGCCAUAAAGGGAAAAAGGAGCAGCAAAGCUGCAGGAACACCGACGGCCAUUGCGUACAGCGUCGCAACGCUCACGCUCACACCCUCCAUACUGCCGGCAAGAGACAUUCCCGCCUGAAAUAAAACAAUCACAACCAUGGAUAUCUUUAACAAUUAGAAAUUAGUUUCAUCCUUUAAAGUGCCCCUAUAAUGCAAUUUUCACGGUUCUUAAUAUUGUUUAGGAGUCUCCUACAAUAGCUUUACAUGCAUGCAAGGUCAAAAAACGGUUCUGUUUUCUCAAAAUAUGCAUUUAAUAUCACCUCAUUUUCCAUCGAUUCUACUAGCAGUACUAAGAUUCAGUCACUCUGAACCUCUCCUUUCUGUUAGCUUACUCUGCUCUGAUUGGUCAGAUGUUCCAGUCUGUUGUGAUUGGUCUACCAUGUACAGCACGUAUCGGAAACGAUACGCCCAUUACCACAGUUCACUAGAAAAUGUACACAUCUAUUAUUGAUCAUACUUACAGGUUGUCAUUUAGUGGAGACUGCUGGUCCAAAUAACAUGGGGACUGAGCCAUCUUUCAGGAGCAAGUGUUUUGUGAAACCCGCAUUGAACUCCCUGAGAUUAGAGAAGCAGUCGACCGUAAAAUGACGUGAACACAAAAAAACAUUGGGCUUGUACUGCUGUGGUAUAGUGGAAAAAUUAAUCUUACAGUAUCACUGGAUCAGCGCCGAUUCUAAUUAUGACAUCUUAGUAAAGAAGCCAAUCAUCAGGUGGAAACCCUGUGAUGUCAUUUAAUGGGUGGAGCAACUGGGUGCCUCGGCCAAUCAGUACAGAGAAAUGUUUUUAAAGCAUUUUCUUUCACAAUGGAGGACACAGCAUCUUCUCAACAUGAUGUUAACUACAUGAACAAGCUACAUUUGUUUCAGUGCGGGUCAAGUUGUUCACGGCCGGCCAACGUAGAACAAAUGUGUUACCCUGUGAUGUGUAGUCAUCACAGAAGUGGGAUUUUGAACUACUGACGACUCCUUUAGGCUGUUCAGAGUCGAUUAUUUCUUUUGAGAGAUACAGUAGUAACUUUAACUAUUGUGAACUUUUGUCUUUAAAACUUUGCAGAUUGUUUACAGCAAAACUACAGACUGUACGAAAGUAUAUAUUCGAAAUGGCA